AUGGCUAGUGAGAAACAAGCGUGCUAUUCUUCAACCGGAGACGACUACGAGGUAACCGAGCCAGCUCAACGACAUGGAUACCGAGUCGAUCAAGAUGUCUUUGGAGACGAGCGCGGUCAUGGCAUUCAGUACCGCACGCUCACUUGGCCGUUUGUCUCGUUCUUGAUGAUCACGGAGAUUGUGACUUAUGGGACGCUUUCACUGCCUUAUUCAUUGGCUGUCGUUGGGAUCGUUCCUGGCGUUAUUCUGAUUGUCUUUCUUGGAGCCUUUGCGCUGUAUACGGCUCUUGUGUUGGUCAAGUUCAAGAUCAAUCAUCCUGAAGUACACAACAUGGGUGACGCUGGCUUCAUUCUGUUCGGACCCCUCGGCUGGCUUGGACGUGAGAUACUCUCCCUGGGGACCCUCCUCUUCGCUAUCUUCGCCGUGGGAGGCCAACUCCUGGCCGCGGACGCUGCCCUGGGCUCAUUAUCGGACAACAAGCUCUGCCUGCUGUGGUACACGGGCAUCUUCGCCAUCCCGACAAUGCUCCUCAGUCUCCCGCGAGCGCUGAACAUGGGCCUCUCCUGGCUGUCCGCGGUAGCGACCUUCAGCAUCAUCGUCGCCUCGGUCGUUGCCAUGGCCGGCGCUGGAAGCAACCCGACGCCAGGUCGGACGUACGAAGUGACGAAACCAUCAAACUUCUACCUCGCGUUCUCUUCGAUCGCCAACCCAGUCUUCGCGUACGCGGGUCAUUUCAUGUUUUUCCCUUUGAUCUCGGAGAUGCGGGACCCAACGCAAGCUCCGAAGGCGGCGUGGUGCUUGCAGACAGUCGCGACGCUCUUUUAUGUCGUUUUUGCGGUGGUCAUGUACCUGUACAUCGGCGAUGAAGUCCCUUCGCCAGCGUACAGUGGACUGCCCCCAACAUGGGCGAAGGCUGCCUGGGGUUUGGCCAUUCCGAACUUGCUGGUCGCUGGCGCCCUCUAUAACCAUACUGCAGCUAAGAUUAUACACGUCCGCAUUUUUCGUGGCUCGCGGCACCUUCACGACAACACCCUCCUCGGCUGGGUCGUCUGGGUCUCCCUUGUCGUCUCCGUGACCGGGCUGGCAUUCGUGCUCGCUACUGGCAUCGGUAUCUUCGGGUAUCUCGUCGGCAUUGCGGCAGCUCUUUUCGCAGCAUGGUAUACUUAUGGCAUAGCUGGAGCGUUCUGGAUCCAUGAUACCUAUUUUGGGUACAACUUUGGCGGCUUUGGAUGGAAAGAAUUAUCCAGACGUCCGGUCGUGACAAGCGUCAACGUCUUGACGUUCCUGGCUGGCGCUUUCAUCUGCAUCGGAGGACUGUACGUGUACAUCAAAGGAAUUGCAGAAGCGUAUAGCUCUGGGGCGGUCGGUGCGCCGUUCUCCUGUUGA